UCCCAGUUACCAACUAGUACCAGAAAUAGUAAAAUGCGUGCCUUCGCCUUCCUAGCUCUAUGCAUCGCGACUGUUGCUGCCGUCCCUUCAAAUCCUCAAAGGAUUGUAGGCGGUUAUGUUACCAGCAUCGGUAGAUACCCCAGUAUCGCUGCCCUUCUCUACACAUCGAACUGGAACCAGUACUGGCAAUCUUGUGGUGGAACUAUCAUUAACAACAGAUCCAUCUUAACUGCAGCUCACUGUAUCGCUGGUGAUGAAGUUGGUCGUUGGCGCAUUCGAGUUGGAUCUACUUUUGCUAACAGCGGUGGAGUGGUCCACAACGUGAAUCAGCAUAUCGUUCAUCCCUCAUACGACUUCAGAUCUUUGGACAAUGAUAUCGCUAUUCUCCACUCCACCUCUAGCUUUUCUUUCAACAACAAUGUACGCGCAGUGUCCAUCGCUGGGUCUAACUAUGACCUCCCUGAAAACAGAUACGUGUGGGCUGCUGGGUGGGGAACGACAUCUUCUGGUGCUAGCUCCGGCUCUGAGCAGCUUCAGCACGUCCAGCUCGUGACUAUCAACCACAACACUUGCAGAAACAACUACGCCGCUCAAGGUGUUACUAUCACCGACAACAUGUUGUGCUCCGGCUGGCCCACCGGUGGUCGCGACCAGUGCCAGGGUGACUCUGGUGGUCCUCUCUACCACAACGGCAUCGUUGUUGGUGUCUGCUCUUUCGGUAUUGGAUGUGGACAAGUUAACUUCCCUGGUGUUAACGCUCGUGUAUCCAGCUACACUUCUUGGAUCUCUUCCAACGCUUAAAAACAAUCCUACUGGAAUGAGACUUAAAAAUGUUGAAAUUUCAUAAGUGAAUAAUAAAAUAUUUCAUGUUCAUAAC